ACAUGAAGAAUCUGCAGCCCGUUGAGCAUUUUAUUGGAAUUCCCACCAGAUCAAACAGACUCUUGCUUGAUCAUGGUCGCCAUAAUCAUAUAUCUUUUCCUGUCAAUGGACCAUUGAAGUUCAAUCAGAUAAUAAAAAACAAGAGAAGACCAACAGAGAGAGCAAUAAAUGCAGCAAAUAACAUUCUAGAGCAUGUAAAACUAGGAUCUAAUAUCAGUGCAAUAGUAAAGGGGAAGUUGGGCUUAGGAGCCAAAAUCCUCAAAAAUGGUGGAGUGGAGAAGGUUUUCAAGCAUAAAUUUAGUGUUGAAAAUAGAGAGAAGAUCUUAAAGGCUUCUCAGUGUUAUAUCUCCACAACAGCUGGUCCCAUAGCCGGUCUUCUUUUCAUCACAACUAACAGGAUUGCCUUCUGUAGUGAAAGAUCUAUCAAACUCCAGUCACCAAAUGGAAUGUCAGCCAGAGCCCAUUAUAAGAUAUCGAUACCACUAGAAAAGAUAAAAGGCGCAAUCGUGAGCCAAAACUCGGAGAGGCCAUCACAGAAGUACAUUGAACUUGCUACUGUGGAUAACUUUGAUUUUUGGUUCUUGGGAUUUCUCAAUUAUCAAAAUACUUACAAAUACAUUAUACAAGCUAUUUCUCUACCUCAAUACUUUGAACUUUCUACUCAUUAAGAAGUAGUGAUCAGAAGAACAUUUUACUUUGACAAUCCUCUUCUUGUCCAAAGGACUAUAUUGUACAGUAAAAAAUCAAUGGAAAUGAAAUUUCUCU